GACUCGCUCCAGCACUCAUAGCACACAAGAGGGCUACAAGAAACAUAUUUUUUGUGUGUCUGUAAACCAACGUCAGUUUCUACUAGUAACGCCGUUACACAUAAUAAACGCUAUCACAGUCUUGAAAACACCCUCGGGACUGAUUCAUUUCUCCAAAAGGACCUUAGCGUCUCUGUUGACGGCAGCUGCAUCGGUCGGAUGAGGAGCUGCACUGCCAGUGCCUGGAAUAAAUAAGGCCCUCCUAUCCUCCUUACUGUCCACCCCCUCCUUUUCUUUCUCCUUUUAGGUCUUUAAAUAAGCUGGGGCUCUGCGGACCCUUGAGAGCCCCUACCCCCACCCCUCACCUCCCUCUUUUCCCCAACCUCUGCUACCCCCUUCAAACUCCUCGGCCCACUCAGACUCCGCUGCUGCUCUUGAUGCCGCUCAAAGGCGCCAGGGAGAUGCUCAGAUGAUCCACUGGGCCAUUCUCAACUACAUCAUCCAUACAACUCGACACAGAGAAGACGAACUGUGAGAGAGCCCUUGGAGGGUACCGUGAGUACCCUGCGAGGCCCGCCCUGCAAAGCCUGGCAGAAAGCUUGGCUUGCACUUUCACCCCUCGAGCCCCUGAGAUGCCCUCCCCUCCCAAUGAUGGAGAGGAUCAAGGAGCGUCCCCCGUGAACGGGCCAUCUGUAGGCUCCUACCAGAGCACAGGGAAAAGGAAGGUGCACACCAAGAAGAAGAAAGGCACCAUCACUGCCAACGUCACUGGCACCAAAUAUGAGAUUGUUCGUAUAGUCAUCAGCGAGAUGGACUUUAUCAAGACCCGGGAUGAUGACGAGACUGCCAACCUCAUAUGGAAUGACUCGGCUGUGCAGCACGAGAAAAUUGCUGAGCUCAGGAACUAUCAGAGAAUUAACCAUUUCCCAGGCAUGGGCGAAAUCUGCCGGAAAGACUGCCUAGCAAGAAACAUGUCCAAAAUGAUCAAGUGCCAGCCUCAAGAGUACAGCUUCAUACCCAAAACGUGGAUCUUCCCUGCCGAGUAUACUCAGUUCCAGAACUAUGUCAAAGAGCUACGCAGGAAACGCAAGCAGAAGACCUUUAUUGUCAAACCUGCCAAUGGAGCCAUGGGUCACGGGAUCUCGCUUAUCCGUAACUGUGAGAAACUGCCAGCCCAGGAGCACUUUAUUGUUCAGGAGUAUCUGGACAAACCCUUUCUGAUGGAGGGCUACAAGUUUGACCUGCGCAUUUACAUCCUUGUCACGUCCUGUGACCCGCUUCGCAUUUUUCUCUACAACGACGGCCUGGUACGCAUGGGCACAGAAAAGUAUCAUGCACCCAGUGAGGCCAAUCUGAGCCAGCUCUACAUGCACCUGACCAACUACUCCGUCAACAAACACAAUGAAAACUUCGAACGCGAUGAGACUGUGGACAAAGGCAGUAAGAGAUCCAUCAGGUGGUUCACAGAGUUCCUCCGCACCAACGACUACGAUGUUACCAAGUUCUGGGGAGACAUCUCAGAGCUUGUGGUGAAGACCCUGAUUGUGGCUGAGCCCCAUGUGCUCCACGCCUACCGUAUGUGUCGCCCCGGACAACCACCAGGGAGCGACAGCGUCUGCUUUGAGGUCUUGGGCUUCGACAUAAUCCUGGACCGUAAACUCAAACCCUGGCUACUGGAGAUCAAUCGAGCUCCGAGCUUCGGGACCGAUCAGAAGAUUGAUUAUGAUGUGAAGAAAGGUGUGCUGCUCAAUUCUCUGAAACUCCUCAACAUUCGGGCCAGUGAUAAAAAACGCAAUCUGGCUCAGCAAAAGGCUGAGGCUCAGAGACGGCUCUACGGACACGGGUCUAUGAAGAAACUCUCGGCUGCUUCUUCAGACUGGGAGAAACAACGUCACACACUGGAGCGAAGGAGAGAAGAGCUGAAAGAGCGAUUGGCACAGGUCCGCAAGCAGAUCUCUAGAGAGGAGCAUGAAAAGCAACAUCUGGGGAACUACAGACGUAUUUACCCCCCAGACGACAAGCUGCUGUUGGAGAAGUAUGAAAGCCUGCUCUCGGCCGCCUUUCAGACCUUCCUUGCCGGGCGAGCUGCCUCACUUCAAAAGGAAAUGAAUAAUCCUCUGAAACGAAUGAAGGAGGAGGACAUCUUGGACCUACUGGAGCAGUGUGAACUGGACGACGAGAAGCUAAUGGGCAAAUCCUCCAGGCAACGGGGCCCUAAGCCCUUGACCGCCAUGCCAGAGUGCAGCCAGACCCCCAGACGUCAACGACCAGACUACCUGGCAGAUUUCACCAGCGGCAGCAGUGCAGACAACUCAUGCUCCUCCUCGGAUGACGAAGAAGAGGAGAGGAGGAAAGCGGAGGGAAGAGGAGGAGGAGGGGGAGGAGAGAAGAGGGAGAAGAAGGUUUCCUAUGACCUUGGGGAGAGCAAAGAGAAGAACUUGGCCGAGCGCUCAGGUCGCAUGCACUGGAAACCUCCAAUCAAGUCUCUCAAAUCCAGCCCCGCCCCAUCCGCCUCCCCGACUCUCUCUGGCCCAAUCAGACGCUCCAUCUCCUGCCCUCGCUCCAUCGCUUCCUUGUCGUCGCCGAGUGAGAUGCGUGCGCUGUCCGCCAGGCCGUCUCCCACGGUUCCACUCACCACGGCUCUCGUCAGGCCGAGCUCCGCCACGCUCCGUUCUCAUUCGCUGAGUCGCAGUGGCUCCGCCCACCGUGUGCCUCAUAGCAACAGCCUGGGGACUAUCCACUCCAACAUAGGUGAUCCGCUGAUACACCUGAGGAGUAAAGAACAGGAGGCAGAGCUGGUGCGGCAGACUUUGGCAGCUCUAACCGCCAUGAGGAUCAGGUUUCCAGGCAAGACUGAGGAGGAAGCAGAGGCCGUCCUGGAUGAGAUACUCGACAACUGGAAAUACCAUAAACCAAAGGUGGCUUCCUAUUGGCUGGUGAAGUUGGACUCAACCAAACAGCGGAAGGUACUGGAUAUAGUGCGAACCAACGUCCGCUCUGCGCUGCAGAGAAUCUGGAGGGAACCUGAUUUAGAGAGCCUUCACCUCUACCGCCUCUUUAACCGUGUGUUCAACCGGCUGCUGUGGAGCCACGGACAGGGCCUGUGGAACUGCUUCUCCAACACUGGUUCAUCAUGGGAGACCAUCUUCAGUAAGAGCAGCGAGGUGGUGUCGCCCCAGGAGCUGCAGUGCUGCCGCCGGCUGGUCCAGCUCUGCCGAGACUGCCUGUUGGUCGUCUACAAGUUUGUGUCCGAGUCUCGAGGCUCUUUGACUGGACUCAGCCCCGAAUGGGAUGACACCAGGUACCUGCUGCCAGUGACCUCCCAGUUCAAGUGGCCUUCGUCCAGCUUUGGCCGCGUCUCCUCCUCGGCUGUGCCGCGCUCCCGCAGCCUUUUCGCUGCCAGGAUGGGCCACUUCUGAGGUCACCGUGGCAACCCUGGCUUCUGACACCUCACCUUUUGACCUCAGCCUCACCGCCCUGACUCUCACCCAACCCAAUCUACGAUCUCAGCAGCUCACAGUAUGGAUGUGAAUUCAGGGGCAAUGUUUUUUAGUUCUUUUUUUGUUUGUUUGUUUGUUUUUGUUUUCCGGACAAAGGAUGGAUGGAUGGACCCUCAAUCCUUUGCCAAAUCCCCCUGUGGAAGACCAUCAAAGGCCAGGUGAUUUGGGAUCGCUAAAAGGGGCCAUGUUGUUUAGUUGACGCUGGCCUUGCCCAAACCAGCAGACCACCAGUCCACUCCAUCCCAUCAUAUCGCCCCGGUAACACCGGACAAUGGGUUCAAUUCCUCUUUUCAUUGUAAUUGCUGUAUUAUACCUACUCACUGUACAGUUACAAGUCAUGGUACUGUAAAAGAAAGAAUAACAAGUACUAAACAAUGCAAGGAUUAUUUAUUUAUGUAUUUUAUUUAUUUUGUAAGGUAUUUCAUUAAUGCAGUGAAUGCUAAUGCGAAAUGCGGUUGUGGAAUGAAAUCAAAUGAGCAAUCCCCAGUUUGAGAAUGUGGAUGUAAAAAACUAUAGCGAAAAGUUUAUUUUUGCUGGCUGUAAUCAGUUAUUUUGUUCCUGCUUUUACACUGGGUUUAAUUUAUUUCACAGCUUAUAUCAGAAGCUUUUAUGUUGAGAAAUAUUUUAACAGUCAUUUGAUGUUUUUUUGUUUUUUUUUUGGCAGUCCAGAGUAUAUUAGAGAGAGAGGUGGUGACAAGAAAACUAGAACCGUAUAACUUUUGAAUGCUAUUGCUCCAUGUUUUACCUGUGUGACAGUGAGUGCAGCACUAGUAAGCAGCCUCAUGUUUCGAAUGUUAACACAGUGCGAAGCCAAACCUCUUUUUGCCUCUUAGAGAGCGAGCAUAAGGAGCCAAACUGAAGUCUUCUGAGACGGCACCCUCCUGGUCCUUACAUGCACUUUGUCACAGAAAGGGAAUGAUGACACCGCUAAGUGGGUGCACAUUAUAGUAGUGUUUGCAUGCCUAGACUUUAGUCCCUCAUCCAAAUGUAGGAGCCGCAUUUCGGAAUAUACUUGAAGUUUUUUGUGUGUGUCAUUAAUUAUCGUGUCUUUGUAUCGGCUGCACUCAGAAGAAGACACUUCACCGUUCAAUUUGUCGUCUAAGUGUGGAUGUUGUCGCGUCACUUCAAGAUUGUGCAGCAUGUUGAAUGACUCGGCUCAUCAGCCCAAAUGUAUUGUACUGUAACAACGGUAAUUUUGCCUGGGAUGAGCAGCUGCAGCCUGUUUUUUUUUUGUUUUGUUUUGUUUUUUCUUUUUCUUUUUUUAUUUCCUCCCUGCUGUACAAGUGCCAGGGUUUCUCAGAGAUGUGCCAAUAAUAGGCGCGUCUACUUCAUGCAUUCACAUUGGUUUUAUUUACAGAUAAAUACACCAUGAACUAAAGUAGGGUCUCAGUUAGAAGCAGUAUUAAAAUGUUGACUGGGAGCAAUGCAGUGUUGUAUGUUGAUUAGUUUACAUUCUCUGUGUACUACCCCAUAAGGUGAUCAUGGAUUAGACCUUUAAAGGUAUGAUGCAACCUAUACAUUUGACAAAAAUACAUCUAACACAUAGGUGAAGCAACAACGCUGUGCUAAAACUCCUGAAAUUUAACACUUACUAUGUACUGAACAUCACUUCACAAUGCCAAAUAUAUUUUUAUUUUGCCUGAUUUUAUUUGUGUUAUUUAAGAGUAGUACUUUUUUUCAUUGACGGUAUGAGAUUUUUAAUUUUACAUAGCAAUAAAAUGUUUAAACAAA